AAAAUUCAUCACAUCUAGACACGCAACUACAAGGGUCAUGGACAGCAAUCAGCAGUCAAACAAGGCCCAUAGAGGCGGUGGAUCUAAGAAGGUCACUGCCAAGAAGAAGUUGCAUCAACAGGGGACGAACCAAAAGGCUUUUGCCGUCAAUGCCCCAAGAAAGUUGGAACGUCAAGCGAGAAGAUCUCAAGAUGUUAAUGAGAAGAAAUUGCAUGUCCCUAUGGUGGAUAGAACCCCGGACGAUGACCCUCCCCCAGUUAUUGUAGCAGUAGUGGGUCCUCCGGGAACCGGUAAGUCCACCUUGAUCAAGUCCUUGAUCAGAAGACUUGCAAAGACAACCUUGACCGAAAUCAAAGGUCCUAUAACUGUUGUCAGUGGUAAGAGAAGAAGACUUACAUUCAUUGAGGUUGGGAACGACUUGAACUCGAUGGUAGACGCCGCCAAGAUCGCUGACUUGGUGUUGCUUCUUAUCGAUGGUAACUUUGGACUUGAAAUGGAAACCAUGGAAUUCUUAAACAUUGCACAACAUCAUGGUAUGCCUCGUGUUCUUGGUGUCUCCACUCAUUUGGACUUGUUCAAGUCCCAAUCCACUCUCAGAACCUCCAAGAAGAGAUUGAAGCAUCGUUUCUGGACUGAAGUUUACCAAGGUGCCAAAUUGUUUUACCUUUCUGGAGUUAUAAAUGGCCGUUACCCUGAUCGAGAGAUUCUUAAUCUUAGUAGAUUUAUAUCUGUGAUGAAGUUUAGACCAUUGAAGUGGCGUAACGAACAUCCAUACCUUUUGGCUGAUAGAAUCACUGAUUUGACUCAUCCACAAGAAAUCUCUGAAAAUCCAAAAUGUGAUAGAAGAAUUGCCAUGUAUGGUUAUUUACAUGGUACUCCAUUACCUUCUCAAAAUGCCCAGAUCCAUAUUGCCGGUGUAGGUGAUUAUGUGGUACAUUCCGUAGAGAAAUUGCCAGAUCCUUGUCCAACUCCAUACUAUGAACAAAAAUUGGAUGAUCUUGAAAGAGAGAGAGCCAAGGCUGCUGCCGAAGCAGGUGAAACCCUUGCCAAGACUACCAAGAGAAGAAAGAGAUUGGAAGAUAAACAAAAGAUCAUUUAUGCACCAAUGUCUGAUGUAGGUGGUGUUUUGGUUGAUAAGGAUGCCGUUUAUAUUGACAUGGGUAAUAACGAUGAACAAUUUGUUAAGGGUGAAGAAAAGGGAGAAGGUGAAAAGCUUAUGACUGACUUGCAAGACGUUCAAAAGACCAUGAAGGAAAGAUUUGAAGAAGGUCCAGGUUUAAAGUUGUUCUCUUCUUCCAAAGAAUUGAAUGAAGGUGAAGAUGACGAAGCUAGAGUUGAAACUGGGUUAUUAUCAUCAUCUGAAGAAGAAGAAGAGGAAGAAGAACAAGUCAACACCGGAAGAAAGGCCAUGAGAAACCCUAGAAUCUAUGGUAAAUCAUUGCAAGAGGACGAUGAGUUUGACAAUGCAGCAUCAGAUGAAGAAUUUGACGAAGCCAACAGAGAACCAAAGUUGGUCGAAGUUGACUUUGGUAACAACAAGUACACAGAAGAUGACUUGGAAUUUGAAGAAGAUUCUUCUUUAUCUUCCGAUGAAGAAACAUCAGGCUCUUACCGUGGAGUUGCUGCUAAACUUAAGGGAUCUGUUCAAAGAAGGUGGGAUAUCAAUAAGCUUUUAUAUUUGGCUAAUGUGAAUCCUGAUGAAGUUGUCAAGAGAUGGAAGAAUCAAUUUAUCUCGGAAGAAGAUGAAGAAUCUUCUGAAGAAGAAGAUAUCGAACAAGAUGAUGAUGAUGAAGCAUUUUUCAAGAAGAAGGACUUUAAGGAUUCAUCUAAGGAUUUAGAUCAAUUCAUCCCUACAUAUCCUUCAAAAGAAGAACUUCGUGCAAAGUUUAACUCUGAGGAGUUAGAGAAUGGAUUCACUCAAUUAAAGGAAAGAUUCUUAGUUGCUCCUAAAUUGAGUGGAGAUGAUGAAUCUAAGAAUGGUGAAGCUUCUGCCGGAGGUGAUGAUGACGAAGACGAAGAGUUAUACGGAGAUUUUGAAGAUUUGGAAGGUGGUGAUGAAGAAAAUGCACCAGCUGAAGAAGACGAUGAUGACAACAGCAGUGACGAAGAUGGCGAUGACUUUGCUGACUUUGAUGAAGAAGAACAAAAGGCUGAAAUGGGUGAAGAUGAAGAUGUCGAAGAUGAAAACAUGACCGUCGAUGAAAAGAGAAAGCUCAAUGCUGAAAAGAAAGCCAAGUUACAAGUUCAAUUCGAAGAAGAAGAAGAUAGAGAAUUUGGUGUUGAUGACCCUGAGGGAGACAAUGAAGCUGAUACUUGGUAUGAAUUCCAAAAGAAUAAGAUGGCCAAACAAUUGGAGAUCAAUAAGGCUGAAUUCGAUGAAAUGGAUGAAGCCACCAGAUUGAAGAUUGAAGGUUACAAGGCAGGUUCAUAUGUCAAGAUUGUGUUUGACAAGCUUCCAUGUGAAUUCAUGGAUAACUUCCAACCAGAAUUCCCAGUUGUUUUGGGUGGAUUAUUAUCUACCGAAUCAAGAUUCGGAAUCAUGAAUGUCAGAAUCAGAAGACAUAGAUGGCACAAGAAGAUUUUGAAGUCUCAAGAUCCAUUGAUUUUGUCUUUAGGUUGGAGAAGAUUUCAAACCUUGCCGAUCUACACAACUUCAGAUUCUAGAACACGUAAUAGAAUGUUGAAAUACACCCCUGAGCAUGCUUACUGUUUUGCUUCGUUUUAUGGUCCACUUGUUGCUCCAAAUACAACUUUCGUAGGGUUUAACAUUGUUGCAAACUCUUCUACCACUGGUUCGUUCCGUGUUGCUGCUACAGGUAUUGUGGAAGACUUGAACUCAUCAGUUGAAAUUGUCAAAAAGUUAAAGCUUGUUGGUCAUCCAUAUAAGAUUUUCCGUAAUACUGCAUUUAUCAAGGAUAUGUUUAGUAAUUCGCUUGAAGUGGCUAAGUUUGAAGGUGCUUCUAUCAAGACUGUUUCAGGUAUUAGAGGUGAAAUCAAGAGAGCAUUGUCGAAACCAGAUGGACAUUUCAGAGCCACAUUUGAAGAUAAGAUCUUGAUGUCAGACACCAUUUUCUUACGUACUUGGUACCCAGUUAAGGUUAAACAGUUCUACAACCCAGUGACCUCAUUAUUGAUGGGAGAUCAUGCUGAAUGGAAGGGUAUGAGAUUGACAGGUCAAGUUAGACAUGAACAAAACAUUGCCACUCCUCAAAACGCCGACAGUGCAUACAAGAAGAUUGAAAGAGUUGAAAGAAGAUUCAAUGCUUUGAAGGUUCCUAAAUCCAUUCAAAAGGAAUUACCAUUUAAAUCUCAAAUACAUGCUAUGAAGCCACAAAAGAAGAAAACAUAUGUGGCUAAGAGAGCUGUUGUGGUUGGUGGAGAGGAAAAGAAGGCCAGAGAUUUGAUGCAAAAGAUUGCCACUAUCAGAAAGGAGAAGGAUACAAAGAGAAAGACCAAGAAGGAUGAAAAGUUCAAGGAAAAGCUCAAGACAAUUGUCAAGAAACAAGAAUUGAGAACUGAAAAGGAGAAGGAAAGAAGAAACGAAUACUUCGCUAGAGAAGGAAAGAAACGUCCUAUUGGUUCAAGCGAGGGUAAUAGCCAAGCUUUCGGUAAGAAGAGACGUUCUUAGGUUCAUAUAAAUAUAUAAAGAUAGAAAAUAAUGCAUACAUAACAUUGUAGACAUGAA